ACUACAGCUGUCGCAACUACUACUACAGCUGCUCCAACAACCACUGCAGAGGCUACAACAACGACUACAGCUCCCCCAACUACAACAACAGCUGCCGCAACAACUACAGAG